GCCAUUUUGCAGCAAUUUCAGGACAGCAGGACUAGGCCAGCGGUCUCCAGACAGAGUUUUAGGACAGAGCUAAAUUGCACAGAAUUAUGGCGGGAGCGACGAGACAUAUUACGAUUCAGAAACGUCAAAAAUGUCCUCAGUUGCAGAGAUGCACAAAAUGCUGCAACAAUUUUCAUUGUCCCUUUUGUAUGCCUAGUAUAUUUAAGCCCUGCAGGCUGGACAAAAUCAAAUUACACUUGCAAAGCCACUGUAACAAAGCAGUUGUCAAUGGAGAUUUCACUAUUCACAGAUGUGGACUGGGAUGUAGAGCAUCACUCCAUUACCACUGUAUGUACUGUCCAACAACCAUUCUUCGGAGAAGCGAUUUUAAAAACCAUUUACAAGUCUGUAAACAUAAUCCGAAUUCAGAAACAGCCACAAAAAUGCUGUCAAGCACCAGUACAGCAGAGACCGUUCCUUCAACCACAGACGUGACCGCUUUAACAAUCACAGACACACCAUCAACCAUCACAGCAACGGGAAAGUUUCGCGUGCGGCCUGUUAUUAAAAAAAGAUGCCCAUCGUGCAAUAUCCUCAUUAACAAAAACAACCUUCCAAAACAUAUGGAGCGUAAACACGCAGAUCAAUCAGUAUUGGACAUCAAUGAAACAUUCCAGCUUACAAGCCAAUGCAUAGAUGAGACAAAUGGGAUAUUUGCAGUUCUCAAAGUCAUAAAAGGCCACGGUGUCCCACUUCACGUACAAUACCAGACAUUUGGAGAAAACAACAAAGUCCUCUGCGAAUCGAACGAGUGCCAGAUUAACAUAGACGUUGCACAAAGAAGCGGCAUCACAUCCUACCAGUGCAUGCAUAUCAGUGCAGCAAGCUUUUGCAAGUCAUUGGUUGAACAAGUGUCACUGAAGGAAGACAUUUUAACCGAGAUGGUGAGAGGAAAAUGGUUCAGCGAGAAAAAGAAAAAAGAAUGCCUUGCUCUGCAACAGCUUGCAAAUAGUAGCUGCGUGCCACUUUCUGUUCACACCUCGAUUGGGAUCUCACCAGCUAAAAAGUUCAUUUCGGUUUUUGAGCCCAAUGUGACGGCUUACAGUCGUUUGGGUCGUGUCAUGGUUGUAUAUAACACAAGAUUGGACUCUUGGCACUGUCCUUGCACCAAACUGCGACGUUCGUGUCUGCACAAGUAUGUCGCCAAAUGGCAUCUGUUUCAAACGCAACCUGAGCUUUUCCAAACUGGGGGAUCGCCACAUAAGCCGCAUUCAGAAGGGGACGACGUCGCAGACAACAGUCACGUGUAUCCACCGAAAGGUCUGGGAUUGGAGUAUAUGGUGAAUUACAUUCUUCAGAACAAGAAGAUACCCGCCGUUCUUCCUGAAGAUGUGUGUUUGCCGUCGCCACGCAAGGAUUACCCACAAAACCUUUGUCCAAUUGAAACCGUGUGUCAGGAAUGUCCAGAGGAUGUGCUCCUCGGCGAUCCAAUGCUAGUUACACAGAAUGCCACAAUACUGACCAAUUGGUGCAUUGUUAAAGAUGUCACCACCUACUGUAAGCAGUGCCCGCAGUGUGGGAUGUUUUAUCGUUAUCAAGAGUGGAAAGAUGGCCUCCAUAACUUCAAUGAUCACAUCAUCCUUGACAUACCCUUAUGCUUAACCUUGAGAAACCUUUUGCAGGUCCAUACUUCAGUGAGCAGAGCAGUUGAGUUUUUACAACUUACGACAGGAGUGGAGUUUCCACCUCCGGACACAAUACUGCAUGCAUAUUUACAGUUCGAAGCGCUCACAGAUCACAAAUACAAGUAUUCAUGCCCCACCUGUGGCGAUCAUCCUCCGGUAGUGAUCAUGGGUGUACACAAACAGACUGCUUCUCCAUUAUCAGAAAAUGACAUUGAAAAACCUCCAGAGGAUUUUAAAGGCGAGGUCAGUCUGGAAGAGUUCUGGGAGUCACUGUCUAAAGAGAUGAUCAGUCAAGGAUUUGUUGCAAAUGGUGAACACAAUCCAUUUGCAGUACCACCUAGUUAUCACUUUUGGGCUCCUUGGAUCGGUAAAAACACACAGCAUUCAGACACUGUUCUAAACACAGAGUUCGAGAAAGUUCACACUUCCUCAGAGAUUUUAGAAAGGACAGUUACGGAGGAAAGACUCAGAGAAGAACUUUUCAAACAGAAGGAUGACGUGAUUAGAAGUUUAUGCGGCGAAUGCGGUGUGGCCUCCGCUGGAUCUCGCAGUGAUCUAAUUCUUCGAUUGUCCAGCGAAAUGAAAUCCAGGCAAAUAUUUGACAAAAUCUAUUCAAAAAUUUGGAGUGCCUCUGGAGGCUGGGGAGUCAUUAUGUGCCCGUGUGGAAUUGUUUACAGCCUAAAAUGCAAUCUUCGAGCCGAGAGCCCUCAAGAUUUUGCCGAUUUACUGUUAUCGUGGCAGCACAUGCCUAAUGUCAUAAUUUAUGACUUUGCACAGGCUUUUGCAACACACACCAAUCUAAGGGCAUCAGAAAAGUUACCCUUCUCUCCAUUUGAAGGAUGCCUGUUGGAACCCACUCAAGCUAACAUAGAACUGGCCAGAUGUGGACAGCUGAAUGUGUCCCUGCCCUGGCUGGAUAAAAAAAACAGAGUGGCAGAUCCUCACGGACACCCUGUGACGGGUUCAUCUAAUCAUUAUGUACUUUGUGACCGUUUUCAUGAUAGCAGCACAGAAGAUGGAGAUGUUCUGAGGAAGCUCAGCCUUGUGCCUCAGCUGGCUGAUAAAGUCAGUAGUGAGACUGCAGAGCACCUGUUUGCUCAAAUGAAGAAAAACGACUACUUUUUGAACAUGUCUUUGCCAUCAACACAUCUGUUUCUAAUGAGGAACAUCAUUCACUACUAUAAUGAAAACAAAGCCAGCAAAUUGAGCACCAGAUCAACCAAAAGUUUAGAGAUCCAACUGACUGAAGCUGUGUUGGAAAAUCCAGAUUCACCCAGAAGCACAGAUGAUGUGAUGGAGGACACAAUCCUGACAUCUUUGAUGGUUCUGAGCAGCAGUGCUUGACUGGGCCUUCAGUAUCAACCACCCAUUUGGAGUUGGAGACCAUAUUCUGAAUUCGUUAUAUAUAAUCUUUUUAAAUUCAUUUGAAAUUAAUUUAAAUGUUACUGUGUUACUUGCAGUUAGAUCUUAUUAGUUCUAAAUUGCAUUGCAUUUUUUUUUCUAAACACUGUAUAAUUUUUGUCAUUUGUAUAUAAUUUGGCAUUGCAUUUUUGAUCUGUUUUCUACUUAGAAUAAUUUUCUGUUCAAAAUCGUUAAAACUGUGACUGCCUCUUGGUGAGUUUUUGGUCUUCAUCCCUGAAGAUAUUCCUGCGGGAGUGUUAAUAUAAUUUAAAUAUGUUGUUUGAGAAUUUUAGUUGUGAUGCUUAUUUAUUUUGUAUUCAUUUAGUAUUUUAUAAAAUUAAACACAUGACUACAAAUGCC